GUUCAAAGGAGACAUCUCUCAUUUUGUUGCUUAUAAAACGUUUUUUCCAAUAUAAAAACAGCUGAAGGUGGAUUUUUAAGUUAGUUAAAGGUAUUUACAUAUUCCUCCUGACCAACAGAGGUCACUCUUUCCUCUUUAUGCCUCGCGUUCACUAAACGGAAGCGUUUUCCACAGAUUUCCUAAAAAAAUUGUGUUUACAUGCUCCCAUCCUCUCUCGUGUUUUAGCGGCUUUGGGAGCCUAAUCUGCGGCAGAAUGAGCGCGAUUCAGCUGCUGCGGAUGUCGGUGCAUCAGCGGAUCAGCGCCGCCGCUGAGGACGUCCUACAGCAGCUGGAAAACGGGGAGAAAGCGGUUAAACUCCGGACACAGAGAGCAGUGAUAACCGCGCGGCUAACAGCUACCGCGGAGGAAAUCUUCGGACUGUUUAAGGAAACUUUAGCGGAGUACGAGGAGAGACUGCGGCAGUCCGAUCAGGAGAUAUGCCUCCAGAGAAAGCAGCUGGAUGCUCUGCUGAAACCUGAAGUCAGACUGCAAAGAUCGGAGCAAACGGAGGCUUUUAAAGCCGCAGGAGCCGCUGCUGCCAGCGCUUACUCGUCCAGUUCCGGUCAACUUCACAAUAAAAGCCCUGCAAAUCAGAGUGAAGAGGAAGCUGAAGACACAGGCCUUCUGAAGAUAGUGACCCUGGACGACUCUGGCCUGCCAGCCCAGUUCGACUCAGCGGACCUGAAUCCACUCGAUUCUGAGAACGUCAGCGAUGCUUCCUGCCCGUCGUCGCCACGCUCCUCUUCUGACUCCUACCACCUGGCGGCCUCUACGUGCACCGACGACGACGACGACUGGAUGGAGAGUCAGUCUCUCAGGUCAGAGGGCAAAAGGAAAAAGAAGAGAGGUCGGCCUUUCAGAUCCGUCGAGAAAAUGGAAGGAAGUCCACCUCUCGGCUCUGCUGGGAAGAAGAAACGAGGACGACCUCUUGGAUCUUUGGGCAAAAAGAAGAGAGAACUUCUUGGUCUUGAACCUUUAGUCAUUGUGAAAAAGCGAAAGCGCACUCCUCCUACAGAGCGUUUCAGCUGCCAUGUCUGCGAACGCCUCUGUCCGGGGAAAGGCUUCCUGCUGCAGCACGCUCUGCGGGUCUGCGGCAGCAAUCCGGACCGGCGCUGCGGCUUCUGCGGUGAGCUUUCAGACUCUGCUGAUGGGCUGAUGGCUCACCUGCAGGCUCACCAGCAGAACACCAAAAAGUGCUCCGUUUGCGAUAAGACAUUCACCUCCAUCAGGGCGCAGGAGCUGCACUUCCGCAUCCACACUGGGGAGAAGCCACAUGAGUGCCCCGAAUGCGGCAGAAUGUUCCGGCAGAAAAGCAACCUGAUGUCUCACAUGCUGGUUCACGCGGCGGAGAAACCGUUCAAAUGUAAAGAGUGCCCUCGCGCCUUCUGCCACAUGACGUCGCUGGAACGCCACAUGGAAGAGCACAACAACGCGCUCAUCCUCUCCUGUAGCAUCUGCAGUCAGGAGUUCAGCAAGCGGAAGGACCUGCGGAAACACAUGGCGACCAAUCACGAGGACAGCGUCCCUAAAGCGAAUAAAAGCCGCACAUCUGUGUUGACCAACUGCAAGGUGUGUGGGGAAGCUUUCGACCGGAAGAUCCUGCUGGUCAGGCAUGCUGGGACUCACGCGCAGGAGCCCAACUGCUGCUGUGGCGUUUGUGGGAAUCUGUGCGACUCCAUCGACAGCCUCAACGCUCACCUGCGCUUCCACCGGGUCGCCGCCAGGACCUGCGAAACCUGCGGGAAAUCCUUCCCUGGCCGAUCGGCACUGCUGAUGCACCUGAGGAUUCACACCGGGGAGAAACCCUUCAGCUGCAGCUUCUGCGACAAGGCCUUCAACCAGAUCGGCAACCUGAAGAUGCACCUGAAGAUCCACACGGGCGAGCGCGCUUUCUCCUGCAGCAUCUGCGGGAAGGGCUUCACCCAGAAGAACAGCCUGGACACGCACAUCCGCUUCCACAACAAGGAGAGGCGCUUCCUGUGCCAGGUGUGCGGGAAGGGCUUCAUGCAGGACGUGGACCUGAAGAGGCACAUCCUGGUCCACACCGGGGAGAAGCCGUACGAGUGCAGGGUCUGUGGGAAGAGCUUCCAGGCCAGGCGCUCGCUCAACGGUCACCUCAAGGUUCAUGAAGCCGGUGGGAUGGCGGGCGUCACCGAAGACCAGAGGAUGGACAGCUUCUUCUCCGGACCCUUCCAGUUGUAGAUCAGAAACUAAGCCCAGGGCUGAGCGAUGCGGCUUAAAAAUGAAAUCUCUGAUAUGAUCAUAUCCAAUCUGAUUUCAAAUUUUAAUAAACUUUUUUUUUUAUCUGUUUUGCUCUAAAAACCAAAUUACAAAUGACAGAAAACAUUUUCAAAAAGUGGCCUUUUCUUUUCUUACAGAUUAUCCCUUCUGUAAGUUUUACGAAGGGGAAUUAGGGCCAGGCUGUGAGAAUUUUAGCUCAGUUACAAGAAAGUGAAGUUUUACCAGACAAAACAUCUCAAUAUUAAGAGAAAAAAAAGUCGUUUUAAUAAGAAAAAAGCUUUGAUAAAGUUAUCAAAAUCUGUUGUGACCAGUUCAGUCCAUGUGGUUCUUUUUUGUAAUGGACUGAGUUGUUGGCUCAUCAUUUCAAAGUCCUGCAACUGAUUUUAAAAAAAAGUGGAAUUACUAUUAAAUAUUAUCUGUAAAACCUAUUCUAAAGUAUAAUUUUACUAGAUGCUCAACAUUCCUCAUUUAAAUUUUUUUGUUAUUUUUCAUGUUUGAGUUCUCAUAAAAUUACGACUUUAUUCUCGUGAUUCAAAAACCAAUCUUAACCUAACACUCUGUCGUAGAGUUGACCUGAAUUCAAAGUCCAAAUAAAUAAAACAAGAUGGCCGCCCUGGGCAUGCUGACAUCACUCUGAUCUAUGGAAACUCCUGGAGUGGAUUGAUGGAAAAAAAUCCAGAUUUUCCAAAAGACUUUAUCUUUCAAACUCAAAUAAUUAAAUCAGCAUCCAACUUUCUGUCUUCCAUGCUUCUUCUGAAAACAGACUUCUGGAUUUUUUGUGGUUUCAUCUCUUGAUCCGGACAUAAACAGUAAUUUCUUUUUUUUACUACAAGCUUAUAAAAGCAGAUUCUUGUAGAUUCUUAAAAACAGUUUGCAGUCUUUUUGCCUCUGCACACAACGAAGAGCUGCAGCAAAAAUUAAAAUCCUACACUAAACACUAAGGAGUUUUUUCAACUCAGUAAAGAAAUUGAGCUGCUAAAUAAUAAUCAAUAAUCUGUCGAAUCAGAUUUUUAAGUGUAAACAUGGAAUAAAUUGAUGAUCAGACCCAGAAGUGGAAAAAUAAUUCAAAAAGCAAAGUAACAGUCCCCAUUUCACUGUCAGUUUAAUAAUUUACAUAAUUAAUUUGAGCUUAGCGUUUGCAUCUCAGCGUUCCUGUAACUGUUACUUUACUUUCACCGUAACGAUAAACUGACUCAAACAAGGUCAAGAGAAUAAAGAAAUGGAGGAUGCAGAAAUUAGAAAAGUUAAACAUUUUCUAAAGAUUUUAUCUUUGCUAAUAGUGAAAAUAUUUUAUUGGAAAGUCAAAAUAAACUGAUAAGCAUUGAUUUACAUACAUUUAUUCUGCCAAAUUAUAAGCUAUACGGAACUACAAAUUGGUGGAGGAUUAAAUAAACCCAGAGAAGAUAUGAAGAUAUCUGUUGAAACUAGAGAUAAUAAAUGAGGUUCAUACAGUCAAAAUAUCUCAAUGUAGUUUGACUAUAUGAUGGAAAUAUAGUUGUUGGAUGGAAAACUAAACCAGGGUCAGUUCUGAAUCUGCAGGAUCUGGUGUGAAAGUAAAACUGUUCUCUGGUUUGUUUAGUUUCUUUACUUUAAUGUAAAACCAGUUUGGAGCAUCAAGAGCUUCAAGUAGAAGCUGCAAGCAUGAGACUGAUUUUAUUAAUCUUCUGUUUGACAUUUUGUCCCACAGUUGAUUCAUUUUU